AUGAUCACUUCUGAAACUCCUCGUCAAAAUACUCCAUCACCAACCGAAAGUCGAGCCAAUUAUGGUUUCGCCUUAUACUUAGCUUCUAAGACUGCAUUUGUUGUAUACUUAGCAUGGGCAUUUAUACCAAGUCAUUGGUUGGAAUAUAUUGGUCUAACAUACCUACCACAAAAGUACUGGGCAAUAACUAUACCUGUAUGGGUAUGUUUUGUCAUUGUGGUCAUUACUCUUUUAUAUCCAGCUAUUAAUAUGCUGCUUGUUCCACCUAUGAAUGAUCCACGUAUAUUAACAGACUCAUUUGCUCGAGAAACAAUUAAUGAAGUCCGUCCUGGAGGUAUACCAACAGUUUCGGACCUUGAUCUUUCAGAAUCUAGUGUUACCCUAUUGACAGUGAUCGAAAGUGGCUCAAAAUAA